AUGAAUAAGGAGUGGGAGCAGCGUCAGAAGACACGCGGAGAGGAGGUGGCAGCUAUCACAAAGGCCAUGGAAAUCCUCAAGGAAGAGGCGGUGAAGGAGGCCUUCCUACAGGAGGAGCCAAGAGGAGCUAAGCAAUCUAUAGGCUUUUGGGGUCGCUUCAAUGCUGGCUCGUUCCUGCAGGAAAAGACAGUCUCCAAAGAGAGGCAGAAGCUUUCCGAGGUACUGCUAAAGGUCGGCCAAAAACAUGACCUCCGUUUGGUCACGCUUGCGCUCCGCAUCAAGAUCGACAGCUUCGAAGCCGUCAAAAAGGCAAUUGAGAACAUGACGGUCGCGCUGGAGAAAGAGCAGAAGAAUGAGGUCAAGCAUCGCGACUACUGUUCCGAUCAGCUGGCAAACAACAAGGCAGAUAUCCAGGACAAGAACAAUACCAAGCAGAAGCAAGGCGCCGAUGAGAUGCAGUUGCAGGCAGAAAUCAAGGCCACCACAGAUGAAGCUGCUGCCCUGCAGAGUGAGGUGGAUGAGCUACUGGCUCAAGUGAAACUCGCAAGUCAAAAUCGGGAGAAGGAGAAUGGAGAGUUCCAAUCCCUCAUUUUGGAGCAGCGUGAGAAGAAGUCUGCACUUCAGCAGGCACUGGCUGUCCUGAAAGAUCUGUAUGCUUCUCAGGGCGCUUCCUUCGUCCAGGCUACCGCACCUGGAGAGCCAGAAGGCUUUGGAGCCUAUGAGAAGGCUUCUGGAGGCAAGGGCGUCCUGGCAACUAUCCAGAGCGUGAUAGGGGACACGGAGGCCUUGUCAGCAGAAGCUGCUGAAGCAGAGAAAACAGCACAAACGAGCUACGAGGACUUCGCAGCUGAGACUGAGGAUUCCGUCAAGCUCAAGCAGGAAGGGAUUGAGAAGCUGAACGCAGAGAAGGCAAAACAGGAGGUCCAGCUGGCUGAAACUUCUGAUGCGAAGCGUCUCACCGCGGCGGAGAUUGCGCAGCUACUCAAGUCGAAAGAGCAGCUUCAUGAAAGCUGCGAUUUCCUGCUCAGCCAAUUUAAUGUUCGUCAGAAGGCGCGGUCAGAGGAACUUCAAGCUUUGGAGCGUGCCAAAGAUGUCUUAUCUGGUGCCUUGGUGGACAAGAAGUGA